AUGAUGCCCCCCGCAGAAGAGCCUCCCCGCGCAAGCUGGGUCGACAGGCAGCUGCUGCGAGAGCUGCCCAAUGAAUGGCGAGUUGCAUACCUGUUCUUUGCCUUGGCCCUCAUGCUCGUACUCGGAACAGGCUUGAUGAUCAACCCGGCCACCAUCUCCACCUUUGUGGACUCGGUGGGCGUCGAUCAGCAGCCUGUCGCACAAACGUACCUUCCGCUGGUUCUUUUCCCGAUCCUCUUCCUUUACAACUUCCUUUGGGCGGCCCUCCGAAGUCCUCAACUUCUGGUUACCGUGGUUUGUGUAGUCUACUGCGUGAUUUACACGUUCAUUGCCGUGCGAUCGCUAAUGCAGCCACACAUUGAGCCGUGGCUGGCGUGGAUCCUGUUUUACACCACGAACACAAAGUCCGUUUUGUUUCCUGUGAUGCUUUGGAGCGUCAUGAACGACCUGUCCUCCACUCAGUAUUCGAAGGUAGCAUAUCCUGCGUUGGUCUUCGCCGGCCAAGUCGGGGGUCUUGCAGGCUCUUUGUAUGCCACCUUUGUUCAUCACGUCGGUGGAACCUCGGGCCUCUUGGUGGUCCAGGCUGCCGCACUGGUGGUCAUCGCAGUGUUGGUGUGGUUUGCUUGUCGGCUGGCGGCAGUGGCAAGUCCAGUCCCUGCAGUGGCAACCCUCGAAACCUCCCUCCAGCCGGUGGCUGGCGCAGGCAUCAUGGAAGAGGCACGUGCGCCCCUCGCAGGCACGGUGCAGAGGAACUGUUGCGUGGUGGGGCUCCGUGCGGCGAUCCGCAAGCUGUGGGAAAGUGUGGAGGGCAUCGCGCUGAUCCUCUCCCGUCCCUUCGUUGCUGGAAUUUUCUGGAUCGCUUGCGCCCAUCUAGUACCUCGAGUCAUUUUGGACUAUCAGGGCACAGCUCUGACAAAUGAGCGAUGGCCGCGGAAAGUGGAUGGCCACACAGUACCUGGGAACAAGGACAAACAGACGGCUUUUUUUGCUUGGUGCAAUGUCGCUAACACCAUCGGAACGGGGUUGCUGUCGGUGUUUGGCCUUCGCAGUCUCAUCGAGCGCGGCGGGCUUCUUCUGACGCUGUUGGCGCUGCCCAUUGCUAUGGUGAUUUCAGUUCUUCUUGUGUGCUUCUACCACAACUUCUGGACGGUGCAAGCGGUGUUGGUGGUGGUCAACGUGAUCCAGUAUGCCUUGAAUGGACCCAGCAGAGAGAUGCUGUAUGUCCGCACCUCGAAGAGCAUCAAGUACAAGGCUAAGAGUUGGUCCGACAUGUAUGGGAACUUUCUUCAGAAGACCAUUGGCGCCUUGAUCAACCUCCAUGUCAACCGUGAAGAGGAUGCCUGUCAGCCGCAUUGCUUCAAUCCGAUUUUCACAGGCAGCUUCACCGUCGGGUGGGUGAUUGUUUGGGCCAUCAUCGCAGGUCUCCUCGGAGUCAAACAUGCUCAGCUGGUACGUGAUGAUGAGAUUGUGAGUUGA